AUGUCUGAUCCAGUCCUCAAUUCAGAUAACAUCUCCCGCAUCACAGCGGCUGAGAAGGAGAUCACUGGCUCUGACAAGGUCGUCAAGGGUGGUCCUACAGCCCAAGCCCAGUCUCAUGCUGGUGAGACCAUCAACUCCCAAACCCUGCACGACAUCACAGAGGGUGAAAAGAAAAUCACUAGUGGUGAACGCAUCAAGGGUGGCCCCACAGCUACCGCCCAAAGUAUCCUCGCCCAGGAACGCAAUGGAACCUCUGACACCUCCGCCAACGAGCAAAACCCAUCCGGGACACUCGACAGCAACACCAUCUCCAAGAUUACUGCUGCUGAAAAGGGCAUCACUGGUUCCACCAACCCGGUACGAGACGGUCCCACUGCACAAGCCCAGAAGCAUGCCAAUGAGCCUAUCAAUCACGACACCUUGCAUGACAUUACAGAGGGGGAGAAGAAGAUCACCGGGAACCCACGCCCAAUUGCUGGUGGACCUACGGCUACCGCUCAGAGCGAGUUGACGAACAGUCGAUCUUGA